CCACCUUCCACCUCCAGCCGCAGUGUCGGCGAGGCUCUCAUCUCCUUCCACAUCAACUCCUUCAGCUUGUGCCCUUCUCCAGUUUGGUGCGCUCACUCUCAAGCAGCCCAUUCGGAUCUCCCGGACCCCUCGGUUACUCGAUCACCCAGAACAACCAUUUCCAUCUCCCUGGCGAGCUUCAGGCCAAGUGAACAAGAACCUCCUUCGGAUCCGAAUGCUCAUCUCCGACAUCGGAGACCUGAUUUUGGGUGCAUGUUUUUUAUGCUGGCUCUGGUCAACCUUGUUCAAUUCGAGCUCGGAACCUUGGAAAGCGACAACUCCCACACUUACGAGUACGCCGCAGUCAUCCCACUGGUUAUUUUCAUUAUCGUUGCUAGCUUGAUAUGCUACUCCCUAGUUCUCUACGCUUUCACUCGCUAUUAUUGUGGCUCUUUUGUAGAUCUCGACCUUUUGGUUUAUAUCCAGAGGUGUGAUGUCUCUGUUUUUAGUUUUUACCUUUUAGUUUCUCUCGGGAAAUAG